UUUGCUUAUUCACUUAGUUAUAAUUUUAUUUCGCUUAGUUUACCUUGGAUACCUCAGGAAUAUUAUAAUAAUCCCGAUGGUGUUCGCGGGGACGAGUGUGCAGAUGAGUGGGCCUUCGCAACAACUAUUUGGGAGAUAUUUGCGUAUGGUAAGAGCAUAUUGGAAGAGCUCGAAUGCAUUGGAAAACCCGCAAAAAUUGUUGAAAAGCUACUAAUGAAUCGGUCUCGAACCGGUGGCAUACUACUCAAACCAAGCGAAUGUUGUCCAGAAGAGAUCUCUAACAUGAUGUUCGACGGCUGGAGUUUGGACGCUUCCAAUCGGUUUCAAACAGGAAAUAUCUUCGGUACGCUAAACACUCUCAUAGGAAGGUACAGGCCAAGUUAUGAACGUAUUUUCACCAACGAACGCGAAGACCAUCUUCCAUACGAAGAUAGUGAUAGUGAUAAUGAUAUGGACAAUGAAAAUAGUGGGAAUUGCGAUGCUUUCUCAAGUCAGUCGAUUACACCGUUUAUUUCCCCCAAUCAAGGAUUUUCACAUACUGGAAUGCCUGGUCGCCCCUGGGAUGAUACACAAUGGGUUUUAACAUUGCCAAUUGGAAAAGUUAUUAUUAUUAAACAAGUAGCCCAGGGUCAUUAUGGCACGGUGCAUUGGGGCGAAUUACGUUACAACGAUCCAAAUACAGCGCCAGAAGAAGUGGCAGUGAAGAAAUUUAAACCUGAAGCUACAUCGAAUCCAAAAGAUUUCUUACGGGAAAUAAAAAUAAUGCAGUCCAUGAAUCAUCCGAACGUUGUUAAAAUUAAAUAUUCAGUCCGAAAGCCCAUUUCUAUCGUAAUGGAAUACGUGUCUGGAGGCUCCUUUCUUGUACUGUUAAAAACCUCCAAUUUGACCAAUAAUAAGCUGUUACAUUUCGCCAGUGACAUUGCUAGGGGCAUGGAAUACUUAGUGAGUAAAAAAAUUAUACACAGAGAUCUGGCAACACGAAACAUUUUGUGGGAUAAGGAGAAAGAUUAUGUUAAAAUAUCCGAUUUUGGACUAUCACAGUUUGCAAAUGCAGAUGGUUACUAUUGGGGAUUUAGCCAACGUGAUAUUCCCAUAAAAUGGUAUUCGCCAGAGUCCAUAGCAUACAAUAAAUUCUCCAUGAAAUCAGACGUGUGGUCUUAUGGUGUGACUAUGUUUGAAACGUUUUCGGGCGGAGAUAUGCCAAAUCUGGUUCCCAAUCGGGAGCUAAGUCAAGAUGAGUUUCUACAACGACUUCAACUGGGUGAAAGGCUCAAAAAACCAGAUUUGUGUCCACAAAUUGUAUACGACAAACUUAUGCUGCCAUGCUGGCAAGCUGAUCCAAAGGCGCGGCCUACUUUUACGGCGUUGCUUGACUCUAUUCGGUCAAUUAUGUUCGAAGGGGCAGCCAUUUAACGUGCAAAAUUAAAAAAAAAAA